GUAAAUGGCGCUAUCUGACUGAGCAAAGGGGCCCACUAGUGGCGGUGAUUUAUUUCAGAGCUGGAGAGGGCCUCGUUCAGAUUCGCAGGCAGAAAUUCCCCAAAACCCUCCGCCGCCGCACCACCGCAGAUGAGGGAGGACGGCGAGAUGACCGGCCGCCGUCCCCACUUGGCGGCAGCGCCGGAGACCCCGCUGGACAAUGAAGACAUCCUGGACCAGAUCCUCCUCCGCCUCCUGCCGCGGCCUUCCUCGCUUCCCCGCUCCUCCCUCGUCUGCAAGCGGUGGCGCCGCCUCGUCUCCGAUCCCGGCUUCCUCCGCCGCUUCCGCGCCCACCACCGGAAGGUCCCUCUCCUCGGCUACUUCGCCCACGACUACCAAUGCGGCAACAUUUGCUUCGUUCCCGCACUGGAUCCGCCGGACCGCAUCCCCACCGCGCUCUUCUCCUUGCCAAUUAACAAGCGCAGCAAUAUCACCGGCUGCCGCCACGGUCGCGUCCUUGUCAUCAACAGGAAUCGGAAGUUCCUGGUGUGGGAUCCAGUCAUCGGCGCCCAGCGACAAGUGUAUUUUCCCAUGGCGUUUCGUGGCGACAAGUACAUGUCUAAUGGGGCAGUUAUGUGUGCUGCCGGCGACCCAGGCCACGUUCACGGGUGUUGCCACUCCAGCCCCUUCCAAGUGGUCAUGCUUGGCCACGGCGCGGAACGGUUGUUGGCCUGCGUCUACUCAUCCGAGACCGACGCAUGGGGCAAUCCCAUCUCAAUCAUGUUGCCACAGAACAGCAUGGUUGUUUCUGCCGAUUGUCCCAAGAACACCCUGGUUGGGAAUUCCAUUUGUUGGUUGCUUACUGGUGAAAAUGUUGCCAUUCUUGAGUUUGAUUUGGGUCGGCAAAGCCUAGCUCUUAUAGAGGCACCACAGGAUCCGUACUACAACACAUUUGACAGUGACGACUACCAAUUAAUGAUUACGCCUGCAGAAGGUGGUGGACUCGGCUUUCUCGCUUUAUUAGGCUUCAACAUUUGGUUAUGGAAGAGGAAGACUGAUUCUGAUGGUGUUGUUGGGUGGGUGCUCAAAAAUACUAUUGAACUGAGCAGCGUUAUUUUGCCGAGGCCAUGUGUUGGUAGGUCCCCUCCAGCGAUACUGGGGUUGGCUGAAGAUGAUAAUGUGAUGUUUCUAUUGAUUGAUGGUGAUGGCAUCUUCAUGAUCAAUCUUGAUUCAACACAGUUUAAGAAACUUCCCGUAGACAGGAGCAUGUACCUCCAUACAUGUCAUCCAUUCACAAGUUUCUACCCUUCAGGGCCUUUAGCUUUCACCUUGUCGCCACUUCCACGGAUGUCUGGAAGCGCUUGAUCGCUGCUGGAGCUUGGUCCUUGGAGGCGAGCAACACAAGCCACAUGUAGCGACUCAUGUCAUCCACCAGGAGCAAGAAGUAGCUCUUUCCCCUUGGUGUCACUGGCGAGAUGGGGCCACAGAGAGCACCGUGUACCAAGUCGAGGGCGCAUUCCGCACGGUGCCUCGCCUCCCCUGGGAACGACGUGUGCCUUUGCUUUCCUGCAUGGCAGCCGUCACAUACCUGGUUGACGUGGUCAAUCUGUGGCAAGCCGCGCUAUGUUAGCUUCCGUAGCGCCUAGAAACCGAGAUGUCCGUAUCUUGCGCGCCAGUGCCAUGCUGCCUCCUCGUUCCACGCUAAUAGGCACACUGGCUGCGUGAUGUGGACCUUCAGCAUGUACAAUCGGUUUGUGAGUGCCUCACCCUGGUCAGCGGACGCUGCUGCUCGUCGUGGACCUACAGGACUCCAUCUUUAAUCAGCACUUGGCAACCAGUCUCGUCGAGUUGUCCAAGGCUGAUGAUA